AGACACACCCUUCUAACGAAUUCAGGAACAGAAAUAUUCUAAGUGUGAAUGUUCAAAAUAUCUUCCUAUUCAGGAAAUUAUAAAGCAUAAAACCACAUUUGCUGAAUCUAAGAUAAUUUAAUUGCUAAAGGAACUGUAGGUAAGUUUUAUGUUCCAUUAAUUAAGUUUUAUACCAUGCAACAAGUUUUUUGAAUAGCAUAAAAAAUAUCAUGGUCUCAAAAGAUAUAUAUUUUUGUAAAGCGUUGUAUUGUAUGAAUUUUUAUCGACUAUAACAAACUUCAAAAUAGUUAUAAAUAUAUAAGAAGACUUUUUAGCGAAAAAUAAUAUUAAAUAAAGUUGAAAAUGAAAAAUGUUCUAAAAUUAACACGUGUUACUAUUUAGAGUUUUACAGUUUUAUACUACUUUUUCAUAAUUGAAAAAAGCUUUAAAGUCUUUCAUAGUCACUUUUAUAAAACGAAAUUUCAAUUUUCAUUUUUAAACGUGUACUUUAAAUGCUAAAUUUUUUUCUAUAGCGGAAGUUACCAGUGCUUUGGUGAAAAUUAAUUGUCAAUGGUAACAUGUCAUUUGAAGAAAAUAUGAGCGAUAACUAUCUAUCCUCACCUGAAGGAUAUGAUUUUUCUAUAUUUAAAGAAGCUCCAGAAGCAAAAUAUACUUGUCCAAUAUGUCUAAUGGUUCUGAAGUUGCCAUUUCAAACAGUCUGUGGCCAUCGAUUUUGCAAACUAAUGGAAAUGAUUGUCCGGUUUGCAAAGAAUCUAUCGAAAAAUAUAAAGUUUUUCCAGAUAAUUUUGCAAGAAGAGAAAUUUGUGCAUUGCCCAUCUGUUGUCCUUAUCAGCAAUACGGAUGUUCAGCAAAAAUAACAUUGACAACGAAAGUAAAACAUGCUAAAGAAUAUCAGCAUAUAGAAGAACAAUGCCCUGCACUUUUCAAGCAAUGUGAAAUAUGCUGCAAACAAGUUCUAUUAGCUGACUUUCGUAACCAUCACAAAGCUUGUAAAAAAGAGAAUACAACUUGUGCAUAUUGUUUAAAGUCACUUAAAUUAUGUGAGUUAUCGUUGCACGAAGAUAAUUGUGGGGAAGAUGAGCUAACCUGUCAAUUCUCAGACAUUGGAUGUCCGUUUAGAGUAGCUAAGAAGGAGAAAAUGGAAGAGCAUCUGACCGAUCCUUUUAGCAUUUAUCAACAUCAAUUUUAUUUAAAGGAAGCAUUUCUUCAAAAAAAUAGUUCGUCUCGUGCUAGUGAAAAACGUCAAGAUGAUCAAUUAGCUUAUUUAAAUAAUAAGGUCUCGUACUUGGAGAGCGUUGUUGAAAAACAAGCAAAUCAUCUUGAUAACAACAAUUCGGGAUUGAAUGAAGAACGCUAUUGUUUUGGAAGAUAUAUUUGGAAAGUUUAUCCUGUGGACGAAUUGAGACAGAAAGCUGUUCUUGGUAUAAAAAGAUCAGUUCAUAGUUCGUCUUUUUAUACUUCUCCACAUGGUUACAAAAUGUCCCUACGAAUAAAUCUUAAUGGCAUAGAUUCGUCAUUAAACAAAUGCAUCUCUUUGUUUAUUCAUAUUAUGCAAGGGGAAUAUGAUGACUAUUUGAGCUGGCCAUUUCGAGGCACCAUUACCCUAACUCUUGUUGGUCAAAACGGUCAUGAUGAUGUCGUCGAAAUCUUGAAGACAAGAACCAAUUUAGCUGCGUUUUUUAAGCCGAAUGGUGUUCGCAAUUACAAAGGAUUUGGUUACAUGGAACUUGUUCCGUUGAAUACCUUGGGAAAUUACGUAAAAGAUAAUACUCUAGUUGUACGUGUUAAAAUUGUUGAAGAAUAA